AUGGAAAGACGAAGGCUUCAGAAGGCUUUACCGCGGUCUUCCGGCGCCAAUAGUGGCUGCCAUGCUGAGAAUGCCUCAUUGUUCAUGCAUAACCUUCUCCUCACCGCACUGCAUUUGCUAACGCUAAUGUCCUUGGAAGAUUCGAAAGCUGUUACCAGGCCUGCAUUUCUCCCACAGAUUAGACAGCGUUUCCAGACCCUCAUAUGGACUUGUCUCGAUUUCGACCUUGUCAGAUCUGCAGCUUUCUAUGCGGAACUUUACCUUGUCAUGGACGAGAACAAUCAUGACACGCGUCAACUUCAUGCCGUAGCAAACCCCAAUACAUGA